GUAUUCGCGUGGUGAGCACUCGGGUGGCCAAAGCGCGCGUUGUUUUUCGUUUCUUUGCUUGUCGUCAUUCGGCGUCUUCUCAACAGUGCUCAGCUUGAACGUAUUCAACGCUACAAGCGCUCAAGCAGUCUACGAUUUGCACGCGAUCAACAAACACCGUUCGUCGUCAUUGGCGUGAUCUUGCUUUAAAUCAUCAUCUUACGAAGUGUUGUGCGUUAACGCAGUGUAUUUACGAUAUACAAACGUCCGUACAAAUAUACAAAACAAUCCGGUAUUCCGCGACGAAAUCCGGUAUUCCGGUUGCACUUUGCAUUGCUCGCCCCCUUGAAAUCGAGUUUAGCUUUAGCGCUGCAGCCAAAUGUAAAUACGAAACAACCUUUUAAAGGCGUCGCGUUUCGAAACAAAAACUUUUGCCAUUUACUUAUUACAUACACGUACAUACAUACACACUCGUAAAUAGUUAAACUUUUGGUUUUUGGAGUUUUGGAUACGUCAACACACCAUAUACAUACAUACAGACAUACAUACAACCGCAAAAGGUUAUAGAAAAGCAAUGACAUAAUGGAACCGAUGACCGCAUUGGUUUUGGCCUUCCAGAUAUUCGCCCUAUUCUCUAUCGCCGGCGCGCUCAUCAUCUAUCUGAUAUGUAAAGUGCGCGACGACAACGCCGAGGUGGCUGAAACGCAGCCGAGCACAGUGCUGGUGACGAGCGCCGAUACCGCGCUUGGCCUCCAACUAUGCACACAUCUCGCCAAUAAGGGCUGUCGCGUCUUUGCCGGUAUGCGUGAUGCGCAGGACUCACUGCCCGCUAAGCUGCUGAAUGGUUGGUUGAAAAUGCGAGAAUAUAGUGAGGAGCCAGUGCGUGGCGCCAUCAUACCGAUGCAAUUGGAUGUAACGCGCGAGGAUGUGCUACGUGAAGCAACCAGUGCAAUGGGCGCGCACAUGAACGCAGGCGAACGCGGCAUAGCGGCAGUGAUCAAUACGAGCGGCAGUCUGUUUCGAGGACGCGUUGAAGCGCAGGAGGGUCAACAGUGGGAGCAUAUGCUGAAAACGAACAUUAUGGGCUCCUUGCGAGUGGCCAAAGCGUUUGUUGGCUUCUUGCGGCCGACGCGUGGACGUCUCGUUUACUUGGGCGCUGGUACUAGUGCGGCACAGGAAAGUGAAGCCGGUCUGGUGGCAUUUAAUGCAACGCGCGCGGCUGUGGAGAAGUGUGUGGAAGAGUUGCGCAAAGAGUUGCAGCCCUAUGGCGUCAGAGUGGUGUCUUUAGACACAAGCGGCUUAACGGCGGAGGCGCUCUAUAAGGCGCCGGUGCCGCAUACUGCCGAUGCCGAAACGGAGGGCACACCGACACAGUACACAGCGGAUGUGUUAAGCGCAAGCGCUUUACAUGUGAUCGAGCGCGCUCUGUGGGAUGUGGUGCCGCUGGAACGCUACCAAUUGGUGCAGAAUAGCAAAUUGAAUUUCAUGUUGCCAUGUCGUUCAUCGUUGAGGAUGACUAAGUUGGGUGAAGGUGCGCGGCGCGGUGUGCAGCGGGUUUGAGCGUCGCCACGAGGACGUCGAAAAGAAGUGUUGUUAUGAAAAGACUUGAGUCCUGGAAGUAAUAAAAUGAAAUGUGAGCAGGCGCAAGUGAGAAAAGAAGAGCGGUAACGGUAAAAGCAAAAACGGGAAUGGCACGACACGUCGCGGGUGUUCGCUGCAUGUUUACGGCAAUUGGAUGACAAAAUUUGGGGACACUCCAAACAUUUGUUUUAAACAAAUCUACAAUUUUAUGUAAUUUUUUCGAUUUAAGAAAAUGCAAAGUUUACAUGGAAACUGCGAAAGUUUGUAUGACAAAAUUAUUUGACAAAGUAAAUUUAGCAACCAAUUAA